CCCAUCAGUUUUCACUCUCCAACUCACCAAUGCCACCUUGUGUCAAGACGUGCUCAUGCUGCUGUCUGCAUUCUGUUAUGUUUUGGGAGAUGUCUAUUUGCUGGAGAUUGCUGCAGAAGCAUUGGCAGCAAUUUAGUCCACGUAUUACCUCAAAAAUUGAUGAUUUCUUUUUAAACCAGUAAGCCAGUAUAGUAUUUUCACAUAUUUAUUUUCUAUAUUCGUCAAGACUGUGAUUUUUCGUGUAAACGAAUUGUUCCAUUUGUAGUCUUUUAACCUGCCGACUUCCAAGGGAUGAAUUUCGUUCCUACUAAGUAUUAAUGUUAAUGGGAAUGUUGAUUUUAGAAUUUAUCUUCGAAGGGAAACAGUCCAGGUAACCCCUGGCAUCGCGGGAUUUCCAUUCGCUUUAUCGAAUUCACUUAGAUAUUUUCGUUUUGAGCUUAGGAGUGGUGAUGACAAAAAUGGAUGUUGCUGGCGAGCCUACUCUCAAUUUAGAUGGUCUAAGCACUUUGAUUGAGGCUGCAAAGUUUCUUGAGAGACAGGAAAAGCAACGCUCCAUCCUCGAAACAUCGAAUGCACCACCAAGUGUAGAGAAUGUCCGUGCUCGUGAAGAAGUUAUUCUAUCACAUGAGCAACUAACGGUGAAAAGAAUGAGGACGUCUCCAGGUCCUAAUGCUAACCAUAAUCUACUGCCGUAUAAUAUAGACCAGCAGCAUCCAAGUCAUCCACCCUUGAGAUUAGGAACUCGCGAAGUGCACAACAAACUAGAAAAAAAUAGGAGAGCACAUUUGAAACAGUGCUUUGAACUGCUCAAAAAGCAUGUUCCGAUCUCUCCAGAUGAGAAAAAAAUUUCCAAUCUUAAUAUCCUCCACUCAGCUACAAAAUAUAUCCAGACUUUACGACGGAAAGAUCGUGAAUACGAAUACGAAUUAGAAAAACUGGCCCGACAAAAGAUAGCUCUCCAACAGCAUUUGGCAGUUCUGAAACGUGAGCGGUCCGAGGCAUCUCCAAUCGGCUCUUCACUGAUCAUCGAGGAGAGAGAAUCUAGAGUGACACCGUCUCCCCCAAUGCGAUCGCAUGAGCACAUAAUACCUACAAAAAUUCAGGUUGUACCGUCAGCAGCGUGUAGUAAGAGUACAACGGGAUUGCUUGUGAGUUCAGGAUCGACUGUCCAACUUCUGUCAGCUCCAGCUCUACGAGGUAUCCCAGUUACGAAUGGUGUGCUUAGUCAUGGACGUGUGACUCUUGCUACAUCAGACUCGAACCAACUGAUUCAGCAAGCACACAUGGUCAUCUCACAAACAAAUGGAGGCAAACAAGUUCUGCUUCCCCUAACUUCUCCAACGAUAGGUGGAAAAAUGUUGCAGAUGCCAGUUGUUAAUCUUGUGAAGCCUUCAGUUGUUGUAGUUAGCAGCCCUUCCAAUUCUACUCAUUGAUGACAGGGUUUUACCAAAAGUGAAUACACAAAACUUGAGAGAAACUGUUACAAACUAUAUACAUUUAAUUCACUAAUCACUACCGAGCUAUUGAAUGUGUUAUUGUUGAAUUAUUAUCAAUCGAAUGAGCGUAUUCGAAAUUGUUAUUAUCUUGCGAUAGCAAGCUAGUUACAAAGCCGCAAUUUGUGUAAUCUUUGUGAUACCGAUUUGGCUCUUAAAUCUAUUGAGAGCUGUAAAAUUUUCAGUUGUAUGUGACGAGAAAAAUCUUGAGAUAGGUUUGAUUGUGCCAAGGCAGCAACCUAGGUAGUAUGUGAUAUGAAGAAUUGACAAAGGCAAGAUUAGAAUGAUAUUAGAUUAGAUUAAAAACCUUCAAAAGGUUUAGAUUAAAAACCUUCAAAACCAAAACAGCCAGACUAGAGACGAACCAUUUCUCACGUGAUAGUUGAAUGUUUCAAAAUUAUUCACUCCCUAUAUGAUAAUAUUUAUGAUGUAUUAUAUGUACUCUACGUACAUUUGUAGCCUCUCAUCUAUAGAAGGGAGACUCCGAAUGCAAUACUUGUAGGCAGCUGGUGAUGAAGGCACCAAUAAUAUUACAUGGCCUAAUUAUAAGAAGUACGGUAUACAUAUUCUGAACUGUAAUGAAAGUUUAAAGUAUAAACGUUUUUUUUUUCAUUUGUAGUCUAGGAGAAGUCCCAUACAAUUGUUUUGGUGAAAUGAAUGUACACAGAUGCUAUGAUGAAUACCUAGGAUAAUUAUUUUAAUUAUUACGAAAAGUAUAAUUAUAAUUCAAGCUAGAAAUUGAAUUCAGUAAUUAAUUAUGUUCGAUUGAAUUGUCAUUAGGCUACUAUUGGACAGAGAAUGGUUCUAAUAAAUUUGAAAAUUCUAUAACUAAAUAAUGAGUCCAACUAAUAUUCAAAUAUUUUAAACACAACUUGUAACAACUCUCUGUUUCUGAAAGUAGCAGUUUGAGAAUUAAGUUGUUUAAUCUGGAUAUCCUUAUGUUACACAAAAUAAAGGUUUUAUAAAAAUUGUUUUAUUGCCGUCAAAUUCAACUUAUUCAUUAUAAUAUUCUAUUAUGGUUAUGGAUAAUUUAUUACACUUAUUAUUACUUAUUUUGGGUGCCUAUUCUACGAUGUUCGAAAAACGUCAAUCUUUUAAGUUGUUUUCGAUAAGUGAGCUUAUGAAUAGAAAAUAAAUAGUCAUAUUUAUGACAUCGGGUUAUCAAAUGAGGCCUAUGCUAAAGUGGGGUUUCAGAGGCCCAGAAAGUGUUAAAUUUAGAUUAAAUGCGUUGAAUAAUAUUAUUUUGAAACGUUCAAUACUUGACUUGAAAAUCCGAUAUUUUCAAAGCAUUAUUCUCAAAUUUAAUAUUGAUCUACAUGGAAUAAUGAAUGAUCAUUUUAAUUGAAGGUCAUAGGUCUUGCAAGAGCUCUUCAUAUACACAUACUAACAUGGUUUCGAAUGAAAUUCUGAAGCUUUUACUAUUCUUCCACAUAUAAACUGAGUCUCUUAUCUGAUUGACUGAAUUUGUGAAAAAUUACAUUAUCAAUGUAUCAAGUUACUUCCAUUAUUGAAUUUAGGGUUUAAAAUUAUGCCGUCAUUGGUUUCAUUGUGGCACAGCUCUAUGAAGAAAUAUUUUAUUUCUAACAUUCGAAUUAGAAGAUUGUUUUAUUUAAUUACAGAUUCUCUAUUCUUAGAUAAUAUUAUAUUAUACUACUUUUGUAAUAUUUUCAAAAUUUAUAUUAUUGUUAAUUAUUGUGAUUGAGAACUUUAAAAAUUUGUUUUUAUCUUCAGUAUAUUCAUUUUAUUUUUUUCAUAUUCGAUUAUCAUGUAGAUAUUUUUCUGUCAAUUACUUGUAAAUCUUUAGUUGCAUACUUCGCUGAUGUUUCACAUUUAAGAUGCUUCAAGAUUUGAAGCGUGUGCUUCCAGAUUCAUCAUUUCAAGUACAUAACUAGAAUCACGAUAUUUUUUAAUUUUAUUUUAAUUCAAUUGUUUUAGACAGUCCCUUAGGAUUGAAUGAUCCUUUCUAAUUUUUUAAUCCUUUUUAAUUUUCUUUUAAUUCAACUGUUUGAGACAGUCCCUUAUAGGAGAUAUUUGAUUUUAAUACUUACUUAUAUUCAAUUAUUUAUUUAUCUGUAAGUUUUUCUCUUACAUUUUAACUCGAAAUCUGUAAAUAUAUAAUACAGUGGUCGCCUAAAUACAAAGUUAUACCACUAGCACCCAUAUAGCCUACAUUACAACCAUCACAAUCAUUUAUAUAAUUUAUUUUAAUUAUACAAAAUGAAAAUUAUAUGUUUUGCAGAAAACUUACAUACUCCAUUAGUGAAAGAGACAAGCAGAUAUUUAUUCACAUUCAAGUUUGUGAUUUUAUAUAGAUAUAAAAAUAUCUAUAUAUUACUUUAAUUACAUAGAAUGUUAUUCUACGGUUUAAAAUGCAAUGACCGUACAAAAUAUAUAAUGAUUUAUAGAUAAUAAGAUUAGUAACAAUUGAUUUUUAAAAGAAGAAACCCUUCAUAAAGUAUACUCAUCAUAGUUUAAUAUGAAUUAUAAUUUCAUUUUGAGACCUUAAGCCACUUUUAGCGACCACUGACAUUAUUUAACUAUAGCAAUAGAUUGAUUUCAUAUAAAACAUCAUCUUGAUAUUUUGUUUAGUAACUAUACAUCACUGUUUUAAUACUUUCGUUAUUGUCAAUUUUUUUCAGUAAUUUAAUUUUUAUACAUAUUUUAUUCACAUUAAAUUUUGCAGUAAUCACAAAUCACACAAAAGUAUUCUCAUAUAUUUUUUAAAUAUCAGAGUUCUAAUACUUGAAAAUUUCAUGAAUUCGUUUUCAAAAAAGUUAUUCUAUCAACCAAAUAAUCGGUUAAAAUUGUUUUAGAAAGAGUCUGCUUCACAGAAUCAUAUAUUUGAUAAGUAUUUACUCAUGCAUAAGCAUAAAACAAUAUUGUUUUCGUCAUAUAAUCUCUUAAUUAGUUAAUAUUAUGUUACUGUAAUUGAUAAAUUAGUAUAAAGGCUUUUUAUUUCAUAUUUAGAUGUUUCAUUAUGGACUAGAUGGUUUACUACCCAUUCAUUUUUUGAAAAGCUAAUUUUUUCAUCCAAUUACAAUGUUUAGUCUAUGUAUUACAUUCCAAUUUCUGUUUCUUGAACUCUGUUUAUUUUAAUAAUUAUGUAUUAUUCAUUAUUGUAGGUUGAUUUUAUUGCAAGCUCUCAGUAUAUUUCUUGUUAUUAUUAAUCUCGAUUUAACAAUACAAUUAACGCAUUAGUUUAAUUCUGUAAACCAAUAAUAUUAUACAUAUACUACUUAUCAACUAGGCAAAAUCUAUGAGAGGAUACUGGAAAGAUCUCGCAGGGUAAAUGGAAAACAUAUUGUUCAAUACAAUACAUUAUUAUAUUACAAUUUUUCGUGCACAAUUAAUUGUUGUAAUUUGAAUAAGCAUAUGAAAAUCUGUCACAAAAUGAGCCAGAACAAUUAACAGUUUAAACUUCUCAUAAUUGAAAUUGACAUACAUAAUUUGGGUAAACUAAUGUAAACAUCUUUCUUUUUGUUUAUUUGGUGAAAAUGGUAGCAUCUACUUGCACAUAAAUAGCAUUAACUUAGACAUCGACUGUAAAGAUUAUAAUGGUACAGUAUCUUAUGUAUCUUAGUAAAAUCGAAAACUAUCUUAUAUUUAUAUAUUUUCUAGUUUUCAUUACUCAACGACAAUAAUUUUAGUUAUUAAAGUUGUCAAUUCAAUUAUUACAAUCAAACAUGGUUAGCAUACAGAAUUUAGUGGAACAAAACUUUAGCAAUAAUUCAAAAUAUAUUGUAAACAUUCAUGACCAAUCGAUCACCAUUAUUGCCCUACUUGGUUAUUUCUAGACUGUGUAAUUGUUUCCUACUAGUCAAUUUCUUGAAAAACAAACUGUAUUUUGAUUGAAAUUUUAUUUUUAGUGACUGUUAAGUUUAUUGUUCGUAUUAAUUGUUAGAUAAUUUUAAAAUUAUCUAAGACACUAUAUAACUUCAUGAAAAGUUUUCAUGUAUGAAAGUGGCUAAAUCGCUUUUUCAAUCAAACUUCUUUGGCUUUUCUAUUGUUUAGUAUUAAUAUUGUAAUUAUAAUUAUAUUUGAGUUCACAGAGUGGACGUAUUAUGUAUUCGAAAGUAUACUAUUUUAAUUUGAGUUUAUAUUUUAGUUCAUUCCUACAGAUUAUUAUGAUUUGUUAAUCGAUUUCUCAGAUUCAUUUCUUCUACCAUUAUAUCACUUGGUACAUACUCGUUAUUCCAUUCAUUUUAGUCUUUUCAAUUUAGUUCCUAAACCGAAUAUCACUCUAGUUUUAAAUUUACUUUUGAGCAUAUUUUGUGGUAACUCAUCUUUCAGUAUUUUAUUCUAGCAAUAGACGAUUUUAGUUUCCUUCUCAAUAGAAGUAUCUUAAUUCUAAUUUAAUAAUAAAACAAGGUAAUAUUUGCUUUGAUAAAAAAUUGCCUACAUUUUAAUAGAAGAGGGAAGCUAUAUGCGUUGAAAAAGUAGUAUGCUUUUUGUCACAAUGAUUUAUUUACAUGUUCAACGGCCUUAAGUAAUAAAAAAAUCACAAAUAAAGCAUGCUGCUUUAUGUUCAUCCUGUUAAUAGCUCCCUCUGUGGAACAAUCAUACUAUCAAUUUCAAAAAUCAUUUGGUGCUCAUUUGUAUUACUUACACUGAUUAUACAAUAUUGAGACAUCAUUACAGAAUAUAUUGUUUUCGUGUUGUUUAUGGAAUAAAUAAUGAAUAAAAACUA